AUGGAUCCGAGUUACGAGAAGAAAGUUGCUGAAUUAAAGAAAAAGAUACAAAGUUUUCCUGAUUUCCCCAAGCCAGGAAUUUUAUUUUGGGACAUAUUUUCAGCGAUAUCCGAUGGCGAAACAUGCAAGCUACUUCAAAACUUAUUGGUGCAGUCUAUAAAGGCGAAAUUUCCACAAGUGGAAUCAAUAGUUGGGUUGGAGUCGCGAGGUUUUCUAUUCUCGUUUUCACUAGCGAAUGAACUUGGACUUGGGUGUCUUCCUGUUAGGAAGAAAGGGAAGCUGCCUGGGGAGGUCGUGUCAUAUAAAUAUGACUUAGAAUAUGGUUCGGAUGUCCUCGAAAUUCAAAAAGCUUCAGUCCGUCCAGGUCUGAAGUGUUUAAUAGUAGACGAUCUGAUAGCCACAGGCGGCUCCAUCACAGCCGCCAGCAAUCUCCUCAAGUCUUGCGGCGCUGACGUCAUUGGUUGUCUCGUCAUCAUAGAGCUGACGUCACUAAAAGGGAGGGAUAACAUUCCAAAGGGUCUACCCGUACAUUCCUUAGUGCAAUAUGAUUAG